UGACAUUUCCCUUUAGCCAAUGAGAUUUUGGGUGGGUGGGACAACCGUGGGCCUGGUUUUCAUGGUUGGCUGCAAAGAGAGGCUAUACCCCCGGUGUGUUCUGAUUUGGUGCGGAGCUGAGGAGACAACAGGACAUAUACCAUCUACCACCACACCUCUUGUUCAAACAGCCUCCACUAAGUUGGAUUAUAUUUGCGACUACUUGGAAGCGAACAGUUUAUUCAUCCUUAAACUGAAUGGAUUUUGAGAAUACAUAACCUGGAAGCUUUGCUUUGUAAGGGUGUAAAAAGCCUUCUCGUGGAGUCAAUCAGCGCCUGAGGAGGACCCAUUACGUUUUUCAGGAGGGAAACUAAGUCAAAGCUACGAUGGAUCAAGCCAGCGGUGGGGAGGACCCGAAUAAGCCCCAUAAAAAGAAGUCCAGCGAGGAUGAGGGUAAAAACAAAAAACUGAACAUACACAUUAAAACAUUGGCUGAUGAUAUGCGUGAUCGCAUUACCAGUUUCAGGAAAACAGGGACGAAGAAGGAGAAGCCCCUCAUACAGCAUCCAACUGAUCCCAUCUCUGCCCAGACCGAAAUGCCCGUUCCUCAACCCUUCUUUGACGAACGAUCCAUGAACCUCUCUGAAAAAGAAAUAGUUGACCUAUUUGAAAAGAUGAUGGAGGACAUGAAUCUGAAUGAGGACCGCAAAGCACCCCUGCGUGGAAAGGACUUGGCCACCAAACGUGAGAUGGUUGUCCAGUACAUCUCAGCCACUGCCAAAUCUAUAACUGGGAGCAAAGUUGCGGGUGGACUCAGAAACAGCAAGCAUGAAUGUACACUUUCAUCCCAAGAGUAUGUUCAUGAACUGCGCUCUGGCAUCACUGAAGAAAAGCUGCUCAAUUGCCUGGAAUCCCUCCGAGUUUCUCUCACCAGCAACCCUGUCAGUUGGGUUAACAACUUUGGUCAUGAGGGUCUUGGCCUCCUUCUUGAUGCUCUGGAGAAGCUGCUGGAAAAGAAACAGCAAGAAAAUAUUGAUAAACGGAACCAGCACAAACUAAUCCAGUGCUUGAAGGCUUUCAUGAACAACAAGUAUGGACUGCAAAGGAUCUUGGGAGAUGAGCGGAGCUUGUUGCUGCUGACACGAGCGAUCGACCCUAAACAGACCAACAUGAUGACAGAGAUUGUCAAAAUUCUCUCAGCUAUCUGCAUUAUUGGAGAGGAGAACAUCCUGGAUAAGAUUCUGGCUGCCAUGACAAUCGCUGCAGAGAGAAACAAUAAAGAGAGGUUUGCUCCAAUCGUGGAAGGACUGGAGAACCACGAGGCCCAGCAGCUUCAGGUUGCUUGUAUGCAGUUGAUCAAUGCCCUGGUCACCUCCCCUGAUGACCUGGACUUCCGGAUACAUCUACGCAACGAGUUUCUAAGAUGUGGCCUCAAGAAAAUCCUUCCUGAGCUAAAAAAGACAGAGGAACUGGACAUCCAGCUGAGAGUGUUCAAUGAAAACAAGGAUGAGGACUCCAUUGAACUCUCCCAUCGCCUGGAUGACGUCCGUGCUGAGAUGGACGAUAUGAAUGAGGUGUACCAUCUCCUGUCCAAUAUGGUGAAAGACACUGUCUCAGAGCCCUACUUCCUGUCAAUCCUUCAGCAUCUAUUGCUCAUCAGGAAUGACUAUUACAUCAGGCCUCAGUACUACAAGGUGAUAGAAGAAUGUGUGUCUCAGGUGGUUCUGCAGCGCAAUGGGAUGGACCCAGACUUUGGCAGUAAAAAACUGGAUGUGGACUUCACUCAACUUAUUGAUCAGUGUGUGGAUAAAGCCAAAGUUGAGGAGAGUGAACAGAAAGCUGCAGAGUACUCCAAAAAGUUUGAUGAGGAGUUCAGCGCACGGCAGGAGGCCCAGGCUGACUCUCAAAAGAAGGAAGAGAGACUUAAAGAGUUGGAGACAAAGAUUCAGACCUUGGAGUCCCAGUUAACUAUUGAAAAAGACAAGCUCAAAGAGGCUCAGAGACUCAUCAGGGAAUCUGAAGCCAAGAUUGCAGCGGGCCCAGCAGCAACUGGAGGACCACCUCUACCACCAGGCGGUGCAGCACCUCCACCACCACCACCACCUCCUCCACCGCCUGGUGGCUGUCCCCCACCUCCCCCUCCUCCUCCUCCUCUCCCUGGCCAUGCUGGGAUUCCGCCACCCCCUCCACCUCCCCCACCUCCAGGUGGAGGACCUCCACCACCACCGCCACCACCAGGUUGUGGACCCCCACCUCCUCCACCUCCCUUUGGAGGCUUUGGUGGUCCUCCACCUCCUCCUUCAUUGCCUGUCGUCAAGCUGCCUUAUGGACUCGAGCCCAAGAAGGUCUACAAGCCUGAAACUGUGAUGAAGAGGGUCAACUGGAACAAGAUAGUGCCUCAGGAAAUGGCAGAGAAUUGCUUCUGGAUCAAAGUCAAAGAAGAGAAGUUCGAGAAUCCUGACCUAUUUGCUCAACUCUCCCUCUGCUUCUCCUCCCAGUCUAAAGUGAAAAAAGAUUUGAAGGACGAGGCUGAUGCCGGGGUACCACAAUUCAAGAAAAAGGCAAAGGAGCUUCGUAUCUUGGAUGCCAAGACUGCACAGAAUCUUUCAAUUUUCUUGGGCUCGUUCCGCCUGCCUUAUGAAGAGAUCCGGGACAUUGUGCUGGAGGUAGAUGAGGAAAGACUGAGUGAAUCACUCAUCCAGAACCUGAUAAAGAAUCUGCCUGAGCAGAAAGAACUGAGUGCUCUAGCUGAACUAAAGGGUGAAUAUGACGAACUGGUGGAGUCAGAGCAAUUUGGCAUUGUGAUGAGUUCUGUAAAGCUCCUACGACCACGUCUCAAUGGCAUUCUGUUUAAGCUGACGUUUGAGGAGCAGGUGAAUAACAUCCGACCAGACAUCAUGAGUGUGACGUUGGCCUGCGAAGAGGUGAAGAAGAGUGAAGGCUUCAGCAAACUUCUGGAGUUGAUAUUGCUGAUUGGCAAUUACAUGAAUGCUGGCUCAAGGAACGCGCAGACAUUUGGUUUCAAUGUCAGCUUCCUCUGCAAGCUACGAGACACUAAAUCCAUCAGUCACAACACAACACUCCUUAAUUUCCUGGCUGAGAAGUGUGAAGAGGAUCACCCAGAGAUUUUAAGGUUUCCAGAUGAAUUGGAGCAUGUGGAGAGUGCCAGCAAAGUGCCUGCUGAGAUCCUGAAGGGCAGUUUAACCACCAUGGAGCGUCACAUUCAGAGGCUUGAGAGUGACAUUGAAAACUUCCCCAAAACAGAUGACCAACAAGAUAAGUUUGUGGAAAAAAUGUCGGGCUUCAGCAAACAUUCUCGGGAGCAGUACGAAAAACUGUCCACCAUGCACAAGAACAUGCAGAAGCUCUACGAGAGCAUUGGCAGCUACUUUGCCUUUGACCCCCAUUCUAUCAGCGUAGAAGAUUUCUUUGGAGAGCUGGCCAAUUUCCGCAUCCUCUUUAUGGAAGCAGUGAAGGAGAACCACAAGAAGAGGGAGAUGGAGGAAAAGAUCAAAAGAGCCAAGUUGGCGAAGGAGAAAGCUGAGCGCGAGAAGCAGGAGCGCCGGCAGAAGAAGAAGCAGCUGAUUGACAUGAACAAAGAAGGAGAUGAAACUGGUGUGAUGGACAGCCUUAUGGAAGCUCUACAGUCUGGGGCAGCCUUCCGUGAUCGACGAAAACGAACACCACGCAAUGGUGAUCAAAGCCCCUCCAGUCCAUCCUCUCGGUGGCCGGGUGCUAACUAUGGUAACAGAACUCUAGACAACCGCCGCGCAGUCCUGGAAAGGUCUCGUUCACGCCACAACACAAAUCACCAAGCUCGAUGAUUACCCGCGCCUACCACAAGACGCUAGAUAAGUGCCAAAGAGGCCUGCGGAGAGGAGACCAGGAAGACAUCUGAAAGAGGAACAGACCACCCCUCACUGUGGCACACACACACACACACACGUAAAAGAAAUUACACAAACUACACAGUACAGAAGAACCAGAUAUUUAAUGUUCACACUGUUCAUUACACGCCUUACAUAUUUAUUCAGUUAUUUGUCAUUACUUUAAGUGGUUGAGUCCUAUCUUAGGUUUGGUUUAAAGAUAUGAAAGAUUUUUAACAUUUUAAUCACUUCAUAAUCUAAAUGCUACACUUCAUGCAGUUUGGACAUGAAAGACACAUUAAACUUCACUGUGUAUUAAAAACAGACAUUCUGCCAAGGACUGCAAAAAACAGCAUGCGUGUACUGGAGAACGCGGUCGGCGGGGCAGCUGUCCUGUAACCAGCAGACUUGUCAACAAGCCUUCAGCCUGCUCACGGUUCUUCAUCAAGUCACUGAACUUCUCCCUGAAGAGGAAUCAGUUGUUAAUUUUUUUUGUUUUCUGUCAACAUCAAGGCUUUUUUCACUGGUAAUCAUUUCAUCACACACCAACAAAGCCAUCAUUGCUGGCUGCUGUCUACACCUGUCCUGCAGUGCAAAAGACUUCAAGCUGCAAUCUCCGUUUUGACAAGGUGCAUUUUAUGUUUUGUUAUGUCAUAUCUGAGCAUUGCCUUUGGGUGCUGAUUUCAGUCAGAUUGCUUUUUGCUGUUAACGUGUGAGACGGACACAUUUUUAAAAUGCCUCCAUCUCUCUGAAGGAACCACCAUGAACUCUCAGACCUUUAUCUGGGUCACGCAGGUUUUCAGUAGGGGACACUUGAUUACAAGCAGGUCUUAACAACAUUUUCUAUUAAUCUUUUUUUAGUUUGUGUGACUCUUUUUAAAGAUGAAGGCUCUACAAUAAUCAGCCCAAUGAUAAUCUGCCUGGAGAGGAGUGAAUAAUAAUCCACUAUGAAAAAAAAAAACCCACUGCACAGUUUCAGUGGAUUUAUUUCUCUUCCUGUUGGGUUUUAAAAAAUGUAAACAAAUUAGAUUUGUUGGAAAAUCUGGAACAUAUUUCACUUUUUCUUUGAAUUCAUUUUUAAGUAAUAUAAUUUAACUGAUAUGCUGGAGGGACUGGUUUUACAGCAUAGAAAUUUACACACUUAUGUUGCAGAAAAUGGAAAGAAAUGGAGAUAAAAUACUACAAACAAUACUACUACUACAAAUAAGAUCUUUUCUAGUGGGAACUGUGACACUAGAAACCUAUUUCUACUUGACGCUUUGCGUUAAUGUACACAACAGCAGAAACAUGACAUUAUGUUGCACAGUUUCAUGUGAAAUAUUUAUUCAUUUAUUCAUGCUAAGGGCAACUCGGUCCCCUCACUUCCCAAAACUGUAAGCUGUUGUAACUAAAAACAACAACUGACUCCACAGGGACACUGGACAUGAGCAGAAUAACAGAUCGAUGGCCACAGCAGACAGGGUAAUGCUCAUCUCAGUCCCAAACACCUUUCAAUUCCCCAACACUAAUGACAUAAGUGACCCUUUUACCACAUCAGAAGUUACUUUGCUAAUGCCAUAACUCUGCUUUUGGCUCAAUGUGUUUCUCUUUGGGGGCGAGUGUAUGUGUGUGCUUCAUGCUAGCUCAGUAAUCAGAACAGGAUCCCAGGGAAAAUGGGAUUCAGUGUGCUUGACUCCUGGGCUGAAUAGAUGGAGAUUUUUCAUUUAAACAAUCUGCCAGUGCUGCUUGUGAUGUGUCUGUUUCAUGAAGCCUCCUCCCUCAGCCUGCAUGCCUCUAAAAAUGCAAUUUUACACAUCAUCUCAGCUCAAGGUGCAUCCACAAUGCUCCGAGAAGUCUGCAUAUUUAAGAAGACAAUAACUCUCCUCUGAAUAUCAGGUUCUAACAGUCACAGAGAGAAAGCACUGAGAAUGAGUUUUCUGCAUUAGAGACUCCACAGUGAAUGGGGUUUUAAGGAUGUGUUGUACACUGUAGAGAUAGAGAUGUGCUGUCAAAGAAAGUGAUUUCCUCCUUCUAAUCCCAUUUCACAUUUUCUACUCUGCAACACCACACCUGUACAAUUUCAAGCAUUGAACAACACCUGCUUUUAUUUGUAUGAGUACUCCAGCAGCACCAUGCUCUGCUGGGAUAUUUGCUCUUUCCCUGCCUGAUUGCUGUUAAUGCCAAAACAACCAGCUGUUUGAGGUUGACAAAGUAAUCUGACAAGAACUUCAUUAUUUAAUCAAGAAACUUUUUGUUUUGCAUGUGCCAACCUUUUUUUUUUUUUUUUU